UCAUGCUGCUGCCAGGUCCAGAGUGUCUCAUGGGUCCCUGUACGGCCUCCAUUCUGCUGCUGUCUCCAUCGCCACACUCUGCCAUGUGCCACUUUCAGGUCUUCUCACACUGCUGGUGGGUUCCAUUUUGUCCAUAGGGUGCUGGCAGAUUACGGGCCUCCCAUUGCUGCUGCCAGGCCCGUAAUCUGCCAUGGGCCCCUGUACCGCACUCCUCAUUGCUGCUGCCAGGUCCAGAGUGUGUCAUGGGUCCCUGUACGACCUCCCAUUGCUGCUGUCUCCAUCGCCACACUCUGCCAUGUGCCACUUUCAGGUCUCCUCACACUGCUGGUGGGUUCCAUUUUGUCA